GAAACCCCUUUUGCCGCGAAAGCAAAAUAAAAUGUUUUCCAAUAAUAUUUUGAUAAAAAUGCGCUAUACAUGCACAUAUGGUGAAGCUAUUGUUGAUUAGAUGGCGGCGUUAUUUGGAAAAGUAUUUGGGGGCAUGUUUAAACUGACACAUACCAAACAAGUGAGCGAAGAAGAAACAAGAUUGAUUUCAAAUAUAUUCCAUCAGUAUGAUGAGACACAGAAGGGAUAUCUCACUCGCGGGGAAUUGAAGUUCGCAGUUGCUUCACUGUUUGGUUACAAACCUUCAAAGUUUGAAGUUGAUCAAAUGAUGGAAAAUAACACAAACAAAGGCCAAGAAGAACAAGGUGUAGGGCUGCAAAGGUUUACAGAGCUGAUGUCUGCUAAGUUAAGUAGCAGGGAUGAGGAUGAUGAAAUUAGACAGAUUUUCCUAGCAUUGGAUUUGCAAUGUAGAGGCUUUCUGACUGUUGAAGAUUUGAGACGUGCCAUAUCUGAGUGUGCUCCACACAUGCCCCCAUGUACAGCUCUCACAGCCUUUAGAGAGCUCGAUCAAGACUGUGAUGGCAGGAUAAGUUACAAAGACUUUGAGUUUAUCAUGAAAUAUGAUCUUGAUGACUAG